UUCUCAAGUCUAAUGCGCCAUCAAAUCUAUCAUGCACCUCAAUUUUCAGAACCUUGAAACCAAAAAAAGUAUUUGACGGUGAAUGUAAAUGUGCCAUCGAAUCUAAUGCCUACCUUAAUUUUCGCAACGUAAUUUGGCCAAAAAAGGGUGAGCAUUAGAUUCGAGUUAAUAUGGUAGUGAUACUCAGGAAAGACCCAUUGAGGUAAAUGGUAUUAAGGUAGUUAUGAAUAUGACUUACUUGGAUACAGCCCAUUCUGACUUUCAUAUUCUAUAUCAAUGUGCAUGAAUAAAUAGUACUGUGAGGAUAUUAAUGGAGGGCAAUUCAUGUCUGAUUUUUACCCCCAGCAGAGUCUGGCAGAGCUAGAAGUUCUUUGUAAACAGCUCUACGAGGGGACAGACUUAGCACAGCGAAUACAAGCAGAAAAGGUGCUACUGGAGCUUAUUAAUAGUCCUGAAUGUCUUAGCCAAUGCCAGCUUUUACUGGAACAAGGAACAACCUCUUAUGCACAACUGUUAGCAGCAACAUGCCUCUCAAAACUUGUGUGCAAAACACCUCCUUUACCUGUUCAGCAAAGGAUGGACAUCAGAAACUACAUAUUAAACUAUGUUGCAUCUCGACCAAAACUGGCCCUUUUUGUGAUCCAAGCUCUUGUUCAAGUAAUUGCUAAGAUCACAAAGUUGGGUUGGUUUGAUGUUCAGAAAGACCUGCUCAUCUUUAGAGACAUUAUUGCUGACGUUAAAAAGUUUUUGCAGGGGACUGUGGACCACUGCAUAAUAGGAGUAAUGAUUCUUUCAGAACUGACUCAGGAAAUGAAUUUUGUUGAUUAUUCUAGACCUUCAUCAAAGCAUCGUAAAAUAGCUACCUCAUUUCGUGAUACUACUUUAAAAGACAUUUUGAUGCUGGCAUGCUCGCUGUUGAAAGAGAUGUUGGCAAAACCAUUAAAUCUUCAGGAUCAGCAACAACAAAAUCUAGCAAUGCACCUUUUGAAACUUGUCCUCAAUUGUCUUAACUAUGACUUCAUUGGCAGUUCAGCAGAUGAAUCUGCAGAUGAUCUGUGCACUGUACAGAUCCCAACAAACUGGAGAUCAAUCUUCCUCGAGCCAGAAACCUUGGAUCUCUUUUUUGAUCUGUAUCAUUCCCUCCCAUCAAUGCUGUCUCAGUUAGCACUUUCUUGUUUAGUUCAGUUUGCUUCUACAAGGAGAUCCUUAUUUAGCAACCCAGAACGUGCCAAAUACCUUGGUAACCUGAUCAAAGGAGUAAAAAGAAUACUUGAAAAUCCUCAGGGUUUAUCGGAUCCUGGUAAUUAUCAUGAAUUCUGUCGAUUUUUGGCUCGACUGAAGACUAAUUAUCAACUGGGAGAAUUAGUAGUUGUGAAAGAUUACCCAGAAGUUAUUAGACUGAUAGCCAGUUUCACUAUUACUAGUUUACAGCAUUGGGAAUUCGCACCAAACAGUGUUCAUUAUUUGCUAACCCUUUGGCAGAGAAUGGUUGCCUCGGUGCCUUUUGUGAAAUCAUCAGAACCCCAUCUCUUGGAUACAUAUGCACCUGAGAUCACAAAGGCAUAUAUUACUUCUAGAUUGGAAUCUGUCCCCAUGGUUAUAAGAGAUGGCUUGGAUGAUCCCUUGGAUGAUACAGCCACAGUUUUUCAGCAGCUGGAGCAACUGUGUACAGUUAGCAGAUGUGAAUAUGAAAAGACUUGCGCUCUUCUUGUACAGCUAUUUGACCAAAAUGCACAAAGCUAUCAGAAGCUGUUGCAGUCUUCUAGUAGAAAUCCCUUGGCGAUCUCAAUUCAGGAAGGACGCUUGGCAUGGCUUGUAUAUCUUGUUGGAACUGUUGUAGGAGGAAGGUUAACUUAUACCAGUACUGAUGAACAUGAUGCUAUGGAUGGUGAAUUAUCUUGUCGAGUCUUUCAGCUAAUUUCUUUGAUGGAUGCCCAGUUACCCCGCUCUAGCAAUGAGAAAGUGGAACUUGCCAUACUCUGGUUUUUGGAUCAGUUCCGUAAAACGUAUGUAGGAGAUCAGCUCCAGCGCACCUCAAAGGUUUAUGCUCGAAUGUCAGAAGUUUUGGGAAUAACAGAUGACAACCAAGUUCUAGAAACAUUUAUGGCAAAAAUUGUUACAAAUCUUAAAUACUGGGGGCGAUGUGAGCCUGUGAUCUCAAGAACUCUUCAGUUUCUAAAUGACCUUUCAGUUGGUUAUAUUCUCCUUAAAAAGCUUGUGAAAAUAGAUGCUGUGAAGUUCAUGCUGCAGAAUCAUACAAGUAAACACUUUCCUUUCUUGGGUGUAAAUGAUAAUUAUGGUUUGAGUGACCUUAGGUGCAGAACCAGAUUCUAUACUGCACUCACACGCCUUCUCAUGGUAGAUCUAGGUGAAGAUGAAGAUGAAUUUGAAAACUUCAUGCUUCCCCUGACAGUUUCAUUUGAAACUUUAGCUCAGAUAUUUAACAAUAGUUUUAAACAAGAGGAAGCAAAGCAUAUGUUGAUCGGACUGGCGAGAGAUCUUCGAGGGAUUGCCUUUGCUCUGAACACAAAGACCAGCUACACCAUGCUGUUUGACUGGAUAUACCCGUCUUAUCUCCCUAUUCUUCAAAGAGCUAUUGAGCUGUGGUAUCGUGAACCAGCAUGUACUACUCCUAUUUUGAAGCUCAUGGCUGAGAUGAUGCAAAACAGAUCACAGCGUUUAAAUUUUGACGUGUCUUCUCCUAAUGGAAUUCUCCUCUUCAGGGAGGCCAGUAAGAUGAUUUGCACUUACGGUAAUCAGAUCCUCUCCCUUGGGACUCUGUCAAAAGAUCAAGUUUAUCCAUUGAAACUCAAGGGUAUCUCCAUCUGUUAUUCUGCACUCAAAUCUGCCUUGUGUGGAAAUUAUGUCAGCUUUGGCGUCUUCAAGUUGUAUGGGGACAACCACUUUGACAAUGUACUUCAGGCCUUUGUCAAAAUGCUGCUCUCAGUAUCCCACAGUGACUUGCUACAAUAUCGAAAACUAAGCCAGUCUUAUUAUCCACUCUUGGAAUGUCUCACCCAGGACCACAUGAGUUUUAUCACCAGUUUAGAGCCUCAUGUACUAAUGUAUAUAUUUACUUCAAUAUCUGAAGGACUUACUGCACUGGAUACCAUUGUCUCCUCCAGCUGCUGUGCAAGUUUAGACUACAUUGUCACCUACCUCUUUAAGCACAUAGCAAAAGAAGGCAAGAAACCUCUGAGAUGUAGAGAGACUUCCCAAGAUGGGCAAAGAUUACUGCACUUCAUGCAGCAGAACUCAGAGGUAUUGCAGCAGAUGAUGUCAAUUCUCAUGAAUACCAUAAUUUUUGAAGACUGCAGAAACCAAUGGUCAGUCUCGAGGCCCCUCUUGGGCCUUAUACUUCUCAAUGAGAAAUACUUCAGUGAAUUAAGAGCCAGCUUGAUAAACAGUCAGCCUGCCAACAAACAAGAAGUCCUUCAUCAGUGCUUUAGCAGCCUAAUGGAAGGAGUGGAACAAAGCCUUCUAGUAAAGAACAGAGACAGAUUCACACAGAAUAUGUCGGUCUUCCGCAGAGACAUGGCUGAAACCCUGCGCUGCGAGGGGGCAUCAGAAUCAAGCAGUUCAGAAAUGAUGAGUUGAUGCUGAACUUGGAAGAUGUUUGAUAAAUGAACAGACUUUGAAGGUUGGGGAACCACAAUAUUGUUAGAUAGGGUUUGACUGUAAUAGAAAAUAUUUUUUUAAAUAACUUCUGCCUUUUUAUAUCUCUGGCAUAAAUGUAAGGAUUUGUAACACUGGAAACAAUAUAAAAUCACACUUGGCAUUAAGAACCAUUUUGAACUUCCGUAUCCAAACUUCUUAUCCCCUUUCACAAUUAAAUGGUGCAGAAACAAUAUCUAACCAAAGAACAAAAUAAAAUAUGUAUUUUCUUUCUGAAAUUGCAUUGCUGGGAAAUUUCAGUUCCGCGAUUAGACCAAUAUCAGAGAGUUUAAAAAAACAGCGAUGUCAUAUCUAUUUCUCUCAUGGCUUCAUCUAAACAGUAACAGAAAGCAUAAUUUGUAAACAAUAUGGCUAUAUGUAGAUAUGUAGAUUUUUUAAAAGCUUUAUGUCUUAAGUGCACUGUUGACAAGCAGAAAAUUGGCAGAAUGCAAAUUAACAAUUCUGGAUUAAAGUAAGAAAGUCGUACUUUUUGAAGCUUACAGGUGAUGAUCCAUUCUUUAAUUGAGAAGGAAUAAAUGUUCGUUUCACACUCA